UACCGCUCUUCUCAGAGGUGACCAAAGGAUCCGUGAGUGAAUGUGAUUCUGAAGUAAAUAUCACAUCUUCUCCUGAGAUGUGGCCGCUGUCUCAAGAGCCUGAACAAUCUUCGUCAUCAUUGCCAAGAUCAGAAAGCUUUUUUCCACUUGAGACGAGGCUUCGGAGAUCACAGCACCUGUCGACUACCUCAGAAUCCUCUCUGUCAAAUUCACGAACAGGAGGCCAGAAAGUGGAACUCUGUGACUCUCCAAAACCAAGCCCAUGGACAAGAUCUUCUGCAGCACAGGAGCAGGAGCAAUCCUCAGAGCUUCUGCCAACAUCAUCUCCUUCACUUCCAAAAACCAAAUUAAAUCAAACUCUCUCAGGCUUCGAGGACCAUAUUUCCACUGUCAGCGUCUGUCCUGGUGGAAUACCAUCUGUUAGGUCUUCUCAAUGUCAUUCUCCUGCUUUUUUCAUCUCUAAACAAAGUCCAAAACCUCCAGAUUCUCUGUCCCCAAGGUCUAGAUCAGUUUCUUCUCCAGUAAACCCAAUCCUAACCAGACCUGCAUAUUCAACACAUGCUGCUGAAUCAAAAUUAUCUCAACUGUCUCCAGAACGUGCCAUCACUUCCCCAAGCGCUGCAGUUCCUUCAUUAAAGCUGUCACUUACAGAAUCAUCACAAUCUGGAUUAGUCUCAGAUAGAAGUACAUCUACGCCUAUCAUCAGGUCCUCUCUGCCUAGGGUCAAAUCUUCUCAUGCUGAGGAUUAUCAUUCACCUCCGGCAUCCAAAUGGUUAAAAGGCUCACGGAGGUCACCCAAAUCCACAGUGCUGUCUUUACAGCUGAGCAUGUCAGAUUCAGAGGAGGAAAUGACAGGUGAAGAUGCUUGCCUGGUGCCCAGUGAGGAAGACUCCUCUGAUGAAGAGCUGAGACGAAUCACGGAUGCAGAAGAACAAAAGAAUGGCUUUCCCUCUCCGUGCCCCACCGCGACCCCUCCGGCAGAGCCUCAUAUUACUUUCACAAACCUCUCAAAGUCCAAAAACGACAACACGGAACCAGACCUAUUUACAGGAUCUUCUCAGGUUAUCAGAGACCGUUAGAAUCCUCAACCUCAGUUACUUGUAACAG